AUGGGUAAUACAACAUCAGAAGUAGCUUCGGGUGUUAAAGCUCAAAUAAAUUCCAAUGGUCAAGGUCCUGAACUAUAUCGAUUUGUUAAUCUUAAAGGUGGUGGAGAACUUAUUGAUGUUAUGCGUUUAGCUAAUCGAACAAAAGAUUAUACACAUAUUGAUGCACUUAUUCAUGAACAUAUUCCAAAAUUUCUUUAUAAUGAAGGCGAGGGAAAAUUGGUUACAAUAAGUGAAAUUGUUAAACGACGAAAUAAUACUUUUAGUAAAGUAAAAAAUCUUGUUCCAGCUCCAAGACCUACUGAAGAAGAACAACAAAUAAAUGGUGAAGAUACGAAACUUGUUUGUUGGGAUUUAGAUUUACGAGGUGGUGUUGGAGAACAUAUUCUUCAUAUUUGUUUUCUUUCAUCAAGUCCUGUUCAUUCAGCUUUAGCUAAACGACUUUUAAGAUAUUAUCCUAGACUUAUUGAUGAUUUAUAUAUGGGUGAUGAAUAUUAUGGAGAAAAUGUUCUUCAUAUUGCUAUUGUCAAUGAAGAACCAGCAACAGUUAAAUUUUUACUCGAUGCCGGUGUUGAUUUUCAACAAAGAUGUUGUGGAAAAUUUUUUUGUCCAGAAGAUCAAAAAUCAAGUCGAGUAGAUAAUGUAACAAAAGAAUGUCCAGAAGUAAGUAUUGCAACAAAUUAUGAUGGUUAUUGUUAUUUUGGUGAAUAUCCACUUUCAUUUGCGGCUGUUUUACAACAAGAAGAAUCAGUUAGAUUAUUAGUUGCUAAAGGUGCUGAUACGAAUUGUCAAGAUUCAAAUGGAAAUACUGCCUUACAUAUGUGUGUUAUUUAUAAUCGAAUUGCUAUGGUAGAUUUACUUUAUGAAUUAGGUGCAUCAUUAGAUAUUAAAAAUCGACAAGGUUUAACACCUUUAACACUUGCUGCUGUUAAAGCACGUAAAGAAAUGUUUGAUCAUAUAUUACAAAAAAUUCGUACAGUUUAUUGGCAAUAUGGCAAUGUAACAUGUGCUGGUUAUCCAUUAGAUGAUAUUGAUACUAUUGGAAAAAAUGAUGGCUCUCUAAAUGAUACAAGUGCAUUAAAUAUUAUUGUUCGUGGUGAAUCUGCUGGUCAUUUGGAUAUGAUGGAUGGUUUAAUUGUCCAGUUAUUAAAUGAAAAAUGGCGUACAUUUAUUAAAUUCAAAUUCUUUCAACGUAUGGCAAUAUUUACUCUUUAUUUUGGUAUAUGUUUAUUUGGAUUACUUGUACGUGGUUAUUAUCGUGUACCAGAAACAUGUUUAUAUCAAGAAAUCAUUGAUAAAAAUGAAAAUACCUAUAAAUCAAUAAUACUUAUUAAUCGAACUGAAUGUAAAUGUCAUUAUGCAAAUGUUUUAUGGCAUAAACCACAUUAUUAUAAUAAUAAUCAAACUAAUAUGAAUACUAGUUUAAAAAUCAAUAAAUAUGAUGAUAAUGAUGAUGAUGAUGAUGAUGGUGAUAAUGCUAAACAAAUAUUUGAACCAUUGGGUUUAUUGCUUAAUGUUGCUGAUGGUUUAAGUGUUUUUGGUGCAAUAAUGUAUUUAUUACUUACUGUACAAGAACUUUCUUAUCAAAAUUUUCAAUUAGAUUCAUUUAUAUAUGUUAAUGAUCCAUCAAGAGUUUUAUUUCUUUUUUCUUGUAUGUUAACAAUAGGAAUGCUACCAGCUCGACUUACUUGUUCAAUAGCUGCUGAUGAUAUUCUUUGUGUAUUUGCAAUACUUACACGAGCACCUUAUUUUUUCUUUUUUUGCCGUGGUUUUCGAACAACAGGUCCAUUUGUUGUCAUGAUAUAUACAAUGAUUCGUGGUGAUUUAUUAAGAUUUUGUUUGAUAUUUCUUGUUUUUAUGUGUGGUUUUACACAAGCACUUCAUGUUUUAUUCGUUCGAAUUGAUUGUGAAAACGAUUUUGCUACUGUUAUUGAAACAUUUUUUCAUAUGUUUUGUGUUACACUUCAACAAGUAACGGAUGCAUAUGAAAAUGUUAAUCGACAUCCAAUUGCUGCUAUUCGAAUUAUCGGAAAAGUAAAUACCAACACUAUUGAUUUUAAUUUUGGCGAAAAUCCAACGUUAACAAAUAUUGAUCGUGUAGUAUAA